GUCUGUUGCAGGGGACGGGAGGUCAAAGAGGCGGGGUCGCGCCCCACCUCCAGCUAUAAAAUCGCAGGUGGACGCAGACCAGGGCAUCUCUCACACCCACACGCGUAUUCUCGUCCGUCCCUCCUCGCAUGAAAAAUCAGGUCAGUGAUUAACUUCAGGCGAUAUUAAACCAUCAGGUCCACCAGCCCAAAGGAAGCCCACUGAACGCGGUCCAGAUGCAGCUGCUCGGAGGUCUCCUCGUGUUGUGCGCCCUAGCGGGACAAGGCCGCUGUGCCGACGCCUCGAUCGAUUGGUGUUACCAGGACGCAUCAUGCGGUCCUGCGACAUGGCCCGUGUCGCUAGCCGUCGAGUUCUGCAACGGGAGCAGGCAGUCCCCCAUUAACAUCAAUUCCAGCAAGGCCGUAGAAGACUCCGAACUGGUUGACUUCUCCUUCACCGACUAUGACAACAAAUUAGGGUUGACCAAGAUCAAGAACACUGGAAAAACCGUCAAGGUGACGCUGGCGAACGGUACGGUGUCCGGAGGGGGUCUGCCCAACAGCACCUACCAGAGCCUGCAGUUCCACCUCCACUGGGGCAACGGCUCGACACAGCCAGGCUCGGAGCACACGGUCAACGGGAAGCGUUACCCCAUGGAGAUGCACAUUGUGAGCGUUAAGGCGAUCUACGACGGGAACACCACACUCGCUGUUGCGGACAACGAAUCCAUCGCAGCGCUGGGGUUCUUCUUCGAGGAGAUGGACGGCCCCGCUACAAGGGCCUCUACCUACUGGGACACACUGGCGUCGUACCUGCCCAACAUCACAAACGGCGGUGAUUAUGCCAACUUCACCGACAAGAUAUCCCUUGAUGACCUUUUGGAGGGAGUGGAUCGUACCAAGUACUACCGCUACCUGGGCUCCCUCACCACGCCUAGCUGCAACGAAGUAGUGAUCUGGACCGUCUUCAAAGAAUCCAUCAAAGUCAGCAAAGAGGCGAUCGACCUCUUCAGCAGCACGGUGCGAGUGGCCAAUGGGACGUCUGCGCUGUUGCUCAACACCUACAGACCCAUCCAGCCCGACCAGGCCAUCAGGACCAACGCCAGGCCAACCACCACCACCACCGCCGCCGCCACCACCAGCAGCAGCUCCUCCGUCACGCUGGCCUCCGCCCUAAUGGCCAUCGCAGCGCUCUGGGCCUUUAAGGGAGUGUAGCUCAUAGCUAAGCUAAAGGGCCGGGACUGCAGUGGGAUCACCUCCCAGACUGUCCCGGUCCGGUCACACAAUUGAGAAAAGAGAUUUAAUGGAGGAAGAGAAGUUUUGAUGACGAACGGGGGGGACCGUUCAAAGAAACUUAAUUCUGUGCAGAACCCUGAAGCCAAAGAAUGUAGAUAGUUGGAUUUGGUUCUUGCAUGAUGGUGGCUGCUUAUGGAUCAUUUUUACUAUUAAUCAGCUAAAUGACCUAAUCUUAAUAAUUAAUUAUUAACUCACUUUGUAUGUUAAACCAUAACUAUUUGCUAAUGAAUAAUGAAGGAAUAAAUGAAGGAUGUUA